AUGGGCAGGUCCGUCCGGGUCAACGGUUCCUGGGGCCUACCGGCGUUCAUAUGCGACGUUUACAUCGCUAUGGACGUCACGUCUUCCACCUCCAGUAUUUUCAACCUAGUUGCUAUAUCUGUGGACAGGUACAUUGCAGUCACUCAGCCGAUAAAGUACGCGAAACACAAGAACAACAGGCGCGUGUGGUUUACCAUAGUGCUGGUGUGGCUGGUUUCGGCCGCGAUAGGCGCUCCCAUUGUGCUAGGUCUCAAUGACACCCCCGACCGCAACUUUGACGAGUGUCUCUUCAACAGCCAGAACUACGUGCUCUACUCUUCUAUCGGCUCCUUCUACAUACCUUGCAUCAUGAUGAUGUUCCUCUAUUACAACAUAUUCAAAGCUCUGAGGAAAAGGGCGAAGAAACAGCGGGCGGCAAAGAAGCCCCCGAUCUCCGGCGAGCCACUGACAGGCGUAACGACAGCCGUGGUCAUAGAGAAUGUGGCCCAGACGAGACAGCUGGCAGAGACAGUGCUCCACGAUGAUCGGCCUACCAACACCGGUUCCGGCAGCAACGAGGAAGACCACGACGACAGCUACGACAAGAGGUCAGCUGACUUGGAAGCAGAAGCAGACCAUUGCCACGUCAUACCAAAUGACAAAUCCACUGAGUUCAUGCUCGCAUCCGCAACGGAGGAGGGACCAAAGACGCCGAGAAGAAUUCUUAAAAUGCAAAUGAUGUCCGAUCCAAAUGGAAACAAUGACUCGGGAUACGCGGCCUCAAACCUGGAGGACAUGACACGUGAACACGCUUCUCCGCCAGGAUCUCCGGUAAUGAGGGGUGCCGCUGUGUUGCAGAACAUGUCAUGCGACUCCAAGUGGAGGAAAAAUGGAAAGAUGACGAGGCUUGAUCCUGGCUCUAGAAAUGCGUCGCUUGGCCUCCGUUCGGAUGACGAUCUCGAUGCGAGCCAGUACGACCUCCGUGAUGGAACUGCCUCCAAGAAGGAGAGGAAAGCAAGCGCUGCAACUGCCCGCUUCACAAUCUACAAAGCGAACAAAGCCAGCAAAAAGAAGCGGGAGAAGUCAUCCGCCAAGAAAGAAAGGAAAGCCACGAAAACUCUGGCUAUUGUUUUAGGUGUGUUCUUAUUCUGCUGGGCCCCUUUCUUCACCUGCAACGUCGUCGACGCCAUCUGUGGGAAGUUCGGGCUUCAAUUCAGUCCUGGUGUCACGGUCUUUAUCCUGAACACUUGGCUCGGAUACAUUAAUUCGUUCCUCAAUCCUGUGAUUUACACAAUAUUCAAUCCCGAAUUCAGAAAGGCGUUUAGGAAAAUAUUGAAGUGCAGUACC